AUGGGCUUAAUUGCCCUGAAUAGAUACAUGAAAGUUGCUAAGCGAACCAUUUAUAUCAAGUUCCUCCCAAGAAAAAGAGCAGCAUGGUUGUACUGUGGUCUCGUCUGGCUGGUUUCUGUGCUAUUCGCCACUCCUCCGUUAUACGGAUGGGGAGAAAUGAUCUUUGACUCAGAUUUUUUACUUUGCUCAUUCAAAGCGCACCGAAAUUCCAUCGUACUGACAUCGAUGUUUUGUAGACUUGUUUCACAGUGGUUUGUUUUUUUUAAUUACUUGGUUUCAUAUAGCCGUAUGCACUUUCACAAUAACCAGUAGUGGCUACAUUCCGCAUGAUGUACGUAAGGUAUCUGUGUAUUUGUUUUUCGCCAGUAGUCUUGUAAAUCCAACCAUUUAAUGGGAUAAUGAAUCCGCAGUUUAAAGGGGCCUUCAAAAAGGCAUUCAGUUGUGGUCGCUAUGGCGCGCAACGAAAAUGCAGAUCAGAGUCAUGAAAGAGUUGCAGCAGUAAUAAUACAUCCGAGGAGCAAUGAAACUUGAUGACGUUUGGCCUGAAGAUCUAUAAUUUAAAGCUUCAAUACAAUCGUUUUUUCCCAAUCCUUUUUUUCGGGAAAAAUGGGUUGAUACUGGAUUCGUUCUUUUUUUAUAUGUCUGUAGACUUGCCUCGGUUAAGUAAAAGAAAAAAACAGCCAUGGGAUAAUAGAAACAUUUUUAGUUUGCUGUCGAAAGUACGCGGGAUUGCACAGGUUUUUCUUUACUUUGCUCUGUGAUUGGUCCAGUAAACUAGCACCACCCUCUCGGCCAAUCAGAGGCAAAAGUAAAACAAAAAAACCAGAACGUGGUAACUUGCGUUUUUCUGAGCUUUAGACAGUUUGGUUUGAUUUAUUUUGAGUUCUCUUCGUUUCUUAGGGCUUGAUAGCAUUAGUUAGGCCGACCCGGCCUCUUUAAAUAUCCACCGAUAGACAUCUCCACUUCAAUGAAUAAUCAUUAAUUAACAGUGACAUGGAAACCAAUUAGUCGAAAAUUAAUAUUAUAAUGGCACGUGAAAGAGUUUCGUGUGGCGUCGUGGAAGUUUCGGGUUAUAUUAGGGUUCGUUGGAAAAGUUAGUCGGCCAUUUUGUUUUUUUGUAAGUAAUGUAAUUUUCAUUUUCCAUCUCCCUGUAAAAUACCAUUACAAUCAUGAUUUUUUUCUUUGUAAUUAUUAGUGUAACUAGGUUACUUUACUAUUUCCUGCGGGCGGAUAAAGGAAUAAAAAAGUGCUUAAGAGUAAUUUUUUUUCUUUCUCAGUGA